AUGACAGUUUUCGCAUCGAAAAAAGAUGCAUACGGAUAUGGUAGAGACUACAAUGGGAGGAUAGUUGACGAGAACAUGAUUGUGUUAAGGAAGAGAAUUCACGAGGCGAAAAUGGCAGAGACGAGGGACUACUACGAGUCAUCGACACCGCCACGUGAUUGUGGUUAUUGGAUGGAAUGGGAGAAGAAAUAUGCUGAAACAAGGUAUGAUUCGGAUAUAUGUGAAGCAAUGGCUGUUUUGCAGACAUUGUUGAUGGAGACGAGGCCGAGCUUGGUUGUGGGGAUGGUGGCUCUUGUUGGGUUCACCAUGCCGGCUUCGAUGGCCGUGGCUGUGUUUCAUUUGGUGGAAAUGGUCAAGGCCAUGUUAGGUUAG